AGUUUUAAAUUUUGAUUAACUGUCCAUAUUACUGAGAUUUUAAACUAUCCUAUCCUUCUUCCCUUUUGUGGAGGAGGUGGGUGUUUGAUUUGGACUUUAAUUGCUGAGGAAAGUUUCUGCAGAACCGACCAUGUACAUUAAACAGGUCAUUAUCCAGGGGUUCAGAAGUUACAGGGAUCAGACAGUAGUCGAUCCAUUCAGUUCAAAACACAAUGUCAUUGUCGGACGAAAUGGAUCAGGAAAAAGUAACUUCUUUUACGCCAUUCAGUUUGUGCUCAGUGAUGAGUUCAGUCAUCUUCGUCCAGAGCAACGGCUGGCCCUGCUGCAUGAAGGCACUGGUCCUCGGGUUAUUUCAGCGUUUGUGGAGAUUAUAUUUGACAAUUCUGACAACAGGCUGCCGAUCGACAAAGAAGAAGUUUCGUUGCGCAGAGUGAUUGGUGCUAAAAAGGACCAGUAUUUCCUGGAUAAGAAGAUGGUGACUAAGAACGAUGUCAUGAACCUGCUGGAAAGCGCUGGCUUCUCUCGCAGCAACCCUUACUACAUUGUUAAGCAGGGAAAGAUCAACCAAAUGGCCACAGCUCCGGACUCCCAGAGGCUGAAAUUGCUCAGAGAGGUGGCAGGCACCAGGGUCUAUGAUGAACGUAAAGAAGAAAGUAUCUCUCUCAUGAAAGAGACAGAGGGGAAGAGAGAGAAGAUUAAUGAACUGCUGAAGUACAUAGAGGAGAGGCUACACACCCUGGAGGAUGAGAAGGAGGAACUGGCUCAGUAUCAGAAAUGGGACAAGAUGAGGAGAGCCCUGGAGUACACCAUCUACAACCAGGAGCUCAACGAGACCCGCGCCAAACUGGACGAGUUGUCUACUAAGCGUGAGACUUGUGGGGAUAAGUCCAGGCAGCUGCGUGAUGCCCAGCAAGAUGCCAGAGACAAAGUGGAGGAAACGGAGCGUGUAGUGCGGGAGUUGAAGGCUAAGAUCUCUGCGAUGAAGGAGGAGAAAGAGCAGUUGAGUGCGGAGCGGCAGGAGCAGAUAAAGCAGAGGACCAAGCUAGAGCUGAAGGCCAAAGAUCUGCAGGAUGAGCUGGCAGGCAACAGCGAACAGAGGAAACGACUGCUGAAAGAGCGUCAGAAGCUUCUAGAGAAGAUAGAGGAGAAACAGAAGGAGCUGCAGGAGACAGAGCCCAAAUUCAACACUGUGAAAGAGAAGGAGGAGAGAGGGAUUGCUAGACUCGCCCAGGCCACUCAGGAGAGAACCGACCUGUAUGCCAAACAAGGUCGAGGAAGUCAGUUCACGUCCAAGGAGGAGAGAGACAAGUGGAUUAAGAAAGAGCUCAAGUCUUUAGACCAAGCCAUUAAUGACAAGAAACGACAGAUCGCUGCCAUCCACAAAGACCUGGAGGACACCGAGGCUAACAAGGAGAGGAACCUUGAACAGUACAAUAAAUUGGAUCAAGAUUUGAACGAGGUGAAAACUCGUGUGGAGGAGCUGGACAGAAAGUAUUACGAAGUGAAGAAUAAGAAAGACGAGCUCCAGAGUGAAAGAAAUUACCUGUGGAGAGAGGAGAAUGCAGAGCAGCAGGCCCUGGCAGCCAAACGGGAGGAUUUGGAGAAGAAGCAGCAGCUCCUGAGAGCAGCUACAGGAAAGGCCAUUCUGAACGGCAUUGACAGCAUCAACAAGGUAUUAGAACACUUCCGUAGGAAAGGAAUCAACCAGCAUGUCAUCAGCGGUUACCAUGGCAUCGUCAUGAACAACUUUGAAUGUGAGCCAGCUUUUUAUACGUGCGUGGAGGUGACUGCAGGAACCAGGUUGUUUUAUCACAUCGUAGAGACUGAUGAAGUCAGCACUAAGAUCCUGAUGGAGUUCAAUAAGAUGAACUUGCCUGGUGAGGUCACUUUCCUCCCACUCAAUAAGCUGGACGUCAGGGACACUGCCUACCCUGAGACUAACGAUGCGAUUCCGAUGAUCAGCAAACUGCGAUACAGCCCGAACUUCGACAAAGCCUUCAAACACGUGUUUGGGAAAACCCUGAUCUGUCGCAGCAUGGAGGUGUCCACGCAGCUGGCCAGGGCUUUCACAAUGGACUGUAUCACUCUGGAGGGUGACCAGGUGAGCCAUCGUGGUGCUCUGACAGGCGGUUACUACGACACGCGGAAGUCUCGCCUGGAGCUGCAGAAGGACAUGAGGAAGGCGGAGGAGGAGCUAACGGAACUGGAGGCCAAACUCAACGAGAACCUGCGCAGGAACAUCGAACGCAUUAACAAUGAGAUCGACCAGCUGAUGAACCAGAUGCAGCAGAUAGAGACGCAGCAGAGGAAGUUUAAAGCCUCCAGAGACAGCAUCCUGUCUGAGAUGAAGAUGCUGAAAGAGAAAAGACAGCAGUCAGAGAAAACCUUCAUGCCAAAGCAACGCAGUCUCCAGAGCCUGGAGGCCAGUCUGCACGCUAUGGAGUCCACGCGGGAGUCUCUGAAAGCAGAGCUGGGCACAGACCUGCUGUCUCAGCUGAGCCUGGAGGAUCAGCGUCGCGUCGAUGACCUCAACGACGAGAUCCGUCAGCUCCAGCAGGAUAACAGGCAACUGCUGAACGAGAGAAUCAAACUGGAGGGUAUCAUGACAAGAGUGGAGACCUACCUCAACGAAAACCUGCGCAAACGACUCGAUCAAGUCGAACAGGAACUGAAUGAGUUGAGAGAGACAGAGGGAGGCACAGUUCUCACAGCGACCACAUCAGAGUUGGACGGCAUCAACAAACGGAUCAAAGACACCAUGGCUCGUUCAGAGGAUUUAGACGGGCUUAUCGAUAAGACGGAGAUCGAGAUCAAAGACCACCUGAAGAGCAUGGAUCGAUGGAAGACCAUCGAGAAAGAACAGAACGACGCCAUCAACCACGACACUAAGGAGCUGGAGAAGAUGACCAACAGACAGGGUAUGCUUCUGAAGAAGAAGGAGGAGUGUAUGAAGAAAAUCAGAGAGCUUGGCUCCUUGCCUCAGGAGGCUUUCGAGAAAUACCAGACCCUCACGCUCAAACAGCUCUUCAGGAAGCUGGAGCAGUGUAAUACUGAGCUGAAGAAAUACAGUCACGUCAACAAAAAGGCUCUGGACCAGUUUGUCAACUUCUCUGAGCAGAAGGAGAAGCUGAUUAAGAGACAGGAUGAACUGGACCGAGGGUACAACUCCAUCAUGGAACUCAUGAACGUUCUGGAGCUACGUAAAUACGAAGCCAUCCAACUCACAUUCAAACAGGUGUCUAAGAACUUCAGUGAGGUGUUCCAGAAGCUGGUCCCUGGGGGCAAGGCUACACUGGUGAUGAAGAAAGGUGACACUGAGGGCAGCCAAUCACAGGACGAAGGAGAGGGCGGGACCGACAGCGAGAAAGGCUCCGCCUCCCAGAGCAGUGUGCCCUCUGUCGACCAGUUCACUGGAGUUGGCAUCCGGGUGUCUUUCACAGGAAAACAGGGGGAGAUGAGGGAGAUGCAGCAGCUCUCAGGAGGACAGAAGUCUCUGGUGGCCCUGGCUCUCAUCUUUGCCAUUCAGAAGUGUGACCCUGCUCCCUUCUACCUGUUUGAUGAGAUCGACCAGGCUUUGGACGCCCAGCACCGCAAAGCCGUGUCUGAUAUGAUCGUCGAGUUGGCAGGACAUGCUCAGUUCAUCACCACAACAUUCAGACCUGAGCUCCUGGAGUCCGCAGACAAGUUCUACGGAGUCAAGUUCAGGAACAAGGUGAGUCACAUCGACGUGAUCUCAGCCGAACAAGCGAAGGACUUUGUGGAGGAUGACACCACUCAUGGAUAAGAACUCCUCCUCCUCCCCUCCCUCCUCUCUCUCCAGCGCUCUCCCCCUCCAGGAGCCUGCAUUUCUCCUCUCCAGCAGACUGCACCAUCUCUCACCUCUACAGCUUUUUUAUAUACUCCCUCGUUUCUGUCAUUCUUCUGAAUGAGACACA